AGAAUGUCAGAAUAAUGAAAAAGGAAAAAAGUCCUCCUCAAACACUUUGGGCGUCAUCUCGCACGCAUUCCUCGCUCCCGGUCGUCAUGGCGGCGGUGGGCCGGCCGUCGGAUAUAAGCGCUCCCCUUCCUCGCUACGGAGCCACAACGACAAAGAUUCAUUCCGACCGUCUGCUCCCGCGCCGGCCGGAAAACACACGAGAGGAGGGAAACGUCAACCCUGAAUCCGAGCCACCCUCAGCAUAGACCAUAGUUUUUCAAAAUUAUUAUUAUUAUUCAUUUUAAAUUCAACGGUACAUUCUGAGAAGAUGACCUGCUUGCUUUAUCGAGCUCUUUUCCUCGUAUGCUUUGCAGCACAGGCGCCGACGCCGGCCCGGUCCCAGGUGUGUCCGCAGAGCUGCCAGUGCCCGGAGGAGCCCCCGAUCUGUCGGGCCGGGGUCCCCCUCAUCCUGGACGACUGCGCCUGCUGCCUGGUGUGCGCCGGCCAGGAAGGUCAGCCGUGUUCUGACCUCAACCCCUGCGACGCGCGCCGAGGCCUGCAGUGCGACGACUCCUCCGGCCGACCCGCCGUGUGCGUCGCGCAAGAAGGCGACGUGUGUCUCCUGGACGGCGUGGUCUACCGGAACCGCCAGACCUUCUUCCCCAGCUGCAAGCACCAGUGCGUGUGCCGAGACGGGCAGAUCGGCUGCGUGCCGCGCUGCGACGUCGACGUCAUGCUGCCGGGGCCCGACUGUCCGGCGCCGCGCAGGGUGCGGGCGCCCGGCGAGUGCUGCGAGAAGUGGGUCUGCGAGCGCCAGGCGGGAGCCGGCGCCCUCGGAGGCUUCGCGAUGGCCGCUUUCCGCCGCGAGGAAACGGCGAGCUUCGACUCCUGGGACCCCAGCCUGAACUGCAUCCAGCAGACCACGGAGUGGGGGGCCUGCUCUCGGACCUGCGGCGCGGGGGUCUCCACCAGGGUCACCAACAGCAACCGGCGGUGUGAGCUGGUCAAGCAGAGCCGGCUGUGCGUGGUCAGACCUUGCGACCGGACGGCGCUCACCCAGCCAAAGAGAGGCAACAAAUGCCAGAGGACGGUGAGGAGCGAGACGGCCGUCCAUCUCUCCUACAAGAACUGCACCAGCGUCCAGGCCUACAAAGCUCGCUACUGCGGCUCCUGCGAGGACGGCCGCUGCUGCACCCCGCACAAAACCAAGACGGCCCUGGCGGAGUUCGCCUGCGCCGGCGGUAAGACCGCCAAGAGGCCGGUCAUGCUGAUCCUGACCUGCGCCUGCCACCGUAACUGCCCGCGCGACAACGCUGCGUGGCCGCCUUCAGAGCUGGGCUCCAGCGGCAUGACGCUGUAGGCCGCUGCGUGGUUUUUUUGGGGGAAUUCUGUGAGUCGGACAAACCAUGGUCCGAAAUCUCGAACGUGAGUUGCAUCAACUCUUAACUGUAGUCCAAGAUAUGCAAUGUAAUGAAUUCACAGUCGUACACGCAUUUGUCUUUAGAAUGAAAGCACUUAGCACGCCCGACAAAACGAGUCUCCCGUCUUUUGGAGAUCAAGAUGAGAGAAUGAAGGCCGAUGUCCGUACAGGACCUUCAUUGACAACGCGCAAGUUAGCCCGAGAGCAUUUACAGGACGAAACCGUACAGCGUUGAAAAUUGUCAAUUCUGCAGAACGCACCACUCGUGUAGAACUCCCAAAAUUGACGAAAGGCUAAAUGUAACCCGAUUUGUGAGACUCCAAGCUGUUGUGUAACAAUGGACCUUUCCGAUGGUGAUCUUAAGCUCCGCCCCCUUAGCCAUGUCCCACGAGCUUCCAAAAUGCCGAUCGAACACAACAUGUUUGAAGUCGAUUCUCUAUCGCGUAUUCCAGAUAAUAUUGGGGUCUGUUUUUUGCCAAAUGCGUCAGACUUGUCCAAGAGAGUUGUACAGAGAGGUCUCAACUAUUUCGCGCAAGGAUAUGUACACGGAACGGACGGAGUGGGACGCAAUGUCAGAGUUACAGCGAAAUGUUGGUGAUCGAUUGAGAAAAAAAAUGUUUGACGCCUCGCAAACUUCAUAUUGGAAAAUGAAUCGAAAUGAAACGGGCCCCUUGUAACCUAGCCGGAUAACCUUCAUCAGAAUUGCACAUUCCCCAAGCGCAUCUGAGGACCAUUUUCUUUGUAACCUGAACUUUUCCAAGCGCACGCUACUGACAACCGGCAUUGCUUGUGGGACAAUACGGCGAGAGGGGUGUGUCAAGACAAUGCAGCGAUCUGAUUGGCUAUUAUUGUACGAGUGAUUGACAGGUCGGAAAGGUCCAUUAUGUUGACGCCUGUUGUAAUCAUAAUCGUAAUCUAAUCAUAAGCGUGUGCUUGACGACGUGGCCCUGAAAAAGGGCUCAACCUGCUAUCCCAGCUCAUUUCCGGGGCUUUGUGUCAUUUCUAACAUCGGCCUCGUGACAUUCAUGCUUGCUAGCUGUGCUUUAUUUGUUUGCGUUUUUCGCACCGGUCUGCAUGACAGAGGUUCUUGCCGAAUACUUGCCCUAGCAGUUGUGUUGUUGUUCUUUCAGUUCAUGAUUCAUAAUUGCACCGCAUUGGUUUGCGGUGUCCUCUUGUCCGACUCGUCUCCUCUGAUUGUCCUUAAAGUCCUUGACGAAAUAAAUGUAUUUUUGUAUCAAAGACUUCAUCUGUUACUGUCAGGGAAACGCAUGCAGUUAGCAUUAGCAUAAAUGGCGGCUCUGCUUAACACCUCUUAAUCAUGUUUAUGUUGGAUUUUAAAGGGACGACUGUUGUUUGUUUCAGAUGUGAUUCAAUGAAUUGAGAUCAAAUCAACUUUAUCAGUCCCACAAUGACAACGGGAUCAUUUCACCGGCGACGUCGCUUUUUCGAAUCGCAGUUUUAGUGGUCAUGAAUCAUGAUCCAAUCAGUUCAAACGAUGACUUCAGCAAAGCGGUACACCGAUUCCUUGUUUGGUUCCUGGAUGAUCGGCUUUUAAAUUGCGGCGCAGUGCUUUUAAAGUAAGUGACAAUAAAUUAAAAAAAAGAGAGAAAGACUUUGUCAGGAUUCAAACCAAGACCUUUGAUCAACAGACACCCUGAUCACUCUUAUUUUCAACCCAACGUGAAAGGUCAAAACUGCGCCGUUCAUUUUAAAGGUGACUAAAUGCGAUCAAAAAAUACUGUGGGCCGUCAUUUCUGCCUACAAUGUCUUCUCUGUCCAGCAGAUGACACCAAUGUCUAAUUAAACAUGACCCUGCUGUCCUACUCACCGGUUACAAUUGUACUUUUUCUCUUUCCGGUGUCCGUGAUUGAUUGAUGAUGGUGAUGGACAUUUUUUUUUUAAUUCACUAAAUUUUCAAAGAGAAAAAAAACGUUUUUCCAGCUGAUUGAGCCUUUGUUCGACUUUUUAACCCUCUUAAAGUCUUGUUUGAACAACAUUGACGGGAACUACAGUUUUUUUCACCGCUUGUAGGGCAAAUCCUCAAAUACUGGACUAGGCGAGAGGCUGC